UCAAGCCGAGAUGGUUCGGUGUAAACAGCGCGGAGUGAGGGUGGCGCAACGUUUGCGUUAGUUUAAUUUUCCACUCGGCACCGUGACGUAAACGUUUUAAUCGCGUUUGCAGCUGGAUUUUUAUUGCACUUCUGUUAAGCCCCCCGCCCCCAACACGCGCAUUAUUUGCGUUAUUUGUGGAUUUUCCGGUUUACAUGACGUGUUUCAAUGUUUGCUUGUUAAGGAAUCACUUCUCCGUGUUAUCCCCUGUUUGGGGGCUCGUAAAGGAUGACACACAAAGUGGCGCAAUGUCAUCUGUUGCACACACGCAUGCGCCAUUUCCUCGGAGAGCGGGUUUCACCUGCACAGGUUCGCCUCGCAGGUAUCGUUGCACGUCUUGUGCUCCGGCUCGUUGGCUGCAGGGAUCCAAACAAUGAGGAAGAGGUUUCAAGCGCAGCUGUGAACAGGCACAAUUUAAUUCAAUUUCACUUCGGUCUCCGAGGGGGACAUGGUCACUGCUGACAAAUUGGGAAUAAACAAAUAUGGUGGAAGUUUCUGAACUCCACCCUAGAUGUCUGUAUCCUUAGAGGGUGGGAACCCUUCACAGUGGCCAAGUUCAUGUUGUUUUGCCUGUCGCUCUCAAAGCAACCCUUCGACCCGGGCAGGCACGAGCUGUCUGUGGGAAGAACAUCCUGGUUCCUCUGAGUCAUCUAUCGUCUUUGGAAGGACUAGGGCGGUGGUUUGAUUGCAAAGCCUUGCUGGUUAUCUAGUUUCUCCCAGGCAAUGUUUCUUAUAAGCACGUGAAGGCCAACAGGCGAUCUCGUCGAUGCCCACUGAGCCGGGCCGGUUCGCCUACGCUGAGGGGUUCACGGUAAAAACAGAAAAAAGGCACGAUGCUCCAGGCCUCCGACAUGAUCAACCUGGGCUACCUGUCGGACUCUGAGCGGCAGCUGAUCCUGGACGUGCUGCAACGGGACGCGGAGCUGCGGCAGGCCGAGGAGCAGCGUGUGCGGAGUUUGAAGAGCGAGUUGCUGGAUGUGAAGAGGAAAGGGGCCAAGCGCGGCAGCGGGAAGUACAGUGAGCGCAGCUGUGGCCGAUGCCUGCAGCCGCUCAGUCGGCUGACCGCUUCCUCCAGCCAGUGUAAGAUUUGCAACCACCACGUGUGCAGCAAGUGCCGGACGGUCCUCCCCGAAGGAUCCUGGCUGUGCACCGUGUGUGCAAAAGAGUCGGAUCUAAAGAAACGGACAGGCGACUGGUUCUACGAUCAAAGGGUCAACCGUUUCUCCGCGGCGCCCGGCCACGACCUCGUGAGAGCCUCCCUGAAGAGGAGACCUCAGGGGAACAAGCGCGAGACAACGGGAGAAAUACUGUUGAGGAGCACUGAAGUAAACCAAGAUCCUCCGGUUCCGGCGCCACGGGUCCGGCAGAGAGAUGCGAUCACAGUGAACAAAGAUCAUUCAAGGAACAAUUCGGGAUCGAUUGCUUCGAGAGAAUCGCGCGAAUCGAAGGAGGAGGUUUGGUCAAAGUCAACGCGCAGUGACGCCGAGUCUGCAGAAAACGGCGGCGUGUGUAGUAAUAAACCAGAGGCCGAGUCUGCCCAUCAGACCCCUGAGCAUCAGAGGAGGAAAAACCCGUUCAUGGUUUCUUCCAGCUCGGCGGCGUCCACCGUUUCCAGUCUGACCGCCGCAGACGCCGAAGACGUCGUCAGUGUUUACAGCGCCGACUUGGAAGCAAACGACGCCCCGCAAGUAAAACCGCUCAGCUGGAGCCCGGCGAUGGACGUCGACCGACUCUUCAAGAAGAGCAUCAAGCGAGACACGAAGCCCGCCGAGUCCGUGUCCACUGUGGACCUGCGUGACGGACGUGACGGCCCGGAGGCCUCGAUGGGCAGCAGGAGCCGCUCGGUGCCGGGCCUGGACGUUCAGGAAGGAGGAGAGGAGGAGGAAGAUAUCGACCGCCUGGUUACCUUCCAUAAAAGGACAAUGGCCUCCAGCUCCUACAGCCUGCACAGCUCAAAGAGCACGCUGGGCAGCCUGAUGAGCGUUUACAGCGAAGCGGGAGACUUUGACAGCGUGGAAGUGAGCGGAGACCUCGUCUUCUCUCUGACCUACGAGGAACUCAGCCAGAGCCUCCACGUCUUCAUCAAGGAGUGCCGCGGGCUGGCCUACGGCGACGCCUCCAAGCAGCUGUCCCACCCUUAUGUGAAAUGUUAUCUGCUCCCCGACAAAUCUCGGCAAAGCAAGCGGAAGACCAGCAUCAAGAGAAACACGGUGAACCCCGUCUACGAAGAAACCCUGAAGUACUCCAUCGGCCGCACUCAGCUGUUCACUCGCUCCGUCCUGAUCUCGGUGUGGCAUCACGGCCGCUUCAGCCGCAACGCCUUCCUCGGGGAGGUGGAGGUCGCCCUGGACACCCGCGACCUCGACUCGCCGCACACGGACCGCGUGAUCCUCAUGGGGAAGGCUCCCUCUGCUGGGCCAUCGUCGGCGUUCGCUCUGUACAAAGGGGAAUUGGUGAUCUCCUUGAAGUAUGUCACACCUAAAACGGCCAAAACAGAGAAGGUCAAAGGCAAAAAGGCGGCGAUGGAGGGAGGUGGAGAACUUCAUGUCCUUAUUAAAGAGGCAAAGAAUCUGAUUGCAAUGAAACCAGGAGGCACCUCGGACAGCUUUGUGAAAGGCUACUUGUUCCCGACGAAGGCCAAGACCACAAAGAGGAAGACUCCCGUGGUGAAGAAGAACCUGAACCCCCACUACGGCCACACGUUUGUGUACAAGGAUCUGUCUCCGGAGCAGCUGGAGAGGAUGUGUCUGGAGCUGACCGUGUGGGACAGAGAGGCCAUGUCAAGCAACGAAUUUUUGGGCGGAGUUCGUCUCGGCUCCAAAAAAGGCGCUGUGAACGCAGGGAAAGUGGAAGUGCAAAUGGACUCCGUUGGAGAGGAAGUCAGCAUGUGGGAGAAGAUGAUGCAGUACCCGGACUCGUGGGCAGAGGGCUCUCUGCCUCUGCGCUCCACUAUGUUGAAGGGCAAAUGAGGAUGCGCACCAGAGGCCUGCGCCUGUUGUUGUUAUUUCGCCGUUUCAUCAGACCAGCAGCUUGUCUGCUGGAGUGGACCCGCAUACGGGUUUGUAAGCAGAGACGCUGCUCACUGGCCUGCUGAACAUCUGCCUCCCUGUAUGGGGUUUGCCUUUAGCAGCCCCCCUCCCCCCGUUACUGCGGAAUGGUGUAACUGUUGGAUAAAUACGGCAAAAAACAUCCCAGCUAAACUUUGGAUGGAUUUUGGGAGCACUUAAACAGUCAUUGGAGGUUUUUUGAAAAAUUCCGACUGUUUGUAUUAAUGCAGUUAAUACAUGCACAGAAAAACAAGUGAUUCUAAACGUGUGUGUGUGUGUGUGAUACUCCUGCUAUUCUAUUCAACAAGAAACACCAUUCUGUAAGCAUUUUAUUUAUAUUACAAGAAAAUACUUAUUUUAAAUGAUUAAUUGUGUCUUUGCUGAUUUCUAUGUAGAUUUUUAACUCUUAUGUGUGAUCGGUCGCCUGUAGGUUUCCAUUAAUGUUCACCCAAUAAAAAUUGUACUAAAGUCAAUAACUUGCUUGAUUGUCCAAACCAGCUGGAUUUAAAAACACUCAAGAA